CAAAAAAGAAGUUUUUUUUUUUUUUUUGGUUGGUGUUUCCUUAAAUAUUGUCUAUUUGUGGAUAAGUAGUCAAAUGAUUAGUUUUCUUGGUUUCUUAUCUUCAAAGUUUUGAUCUUUGAGCUUUGUGAUUUUUUUAGUUGAGUUUUGUGUAUUUGAAGGUCAAAAGGUGUGUUCUUUAUUGGAUUGGUGGGUGGGGGAAUUUGUGUUUUGGGGUUUUUUGGUGUGAACUAAAAAUGCAGUAAAGUUAGUUGAAUGAAGUGAAUUUCAAAUAGAAUUUGUUUUUGAUGAUUUUAUUGAUAAGGGGUUGGUGAGUUUUAGCUUUAAAUUGAUUUUUCAUCUCUUUCCAGGUAUAUUUUGCUUUUAAUUAACUGUGUGUUUGUAAAUAGAUGUACAUUUAUGUGAGGGGUUGAACAGUAUGAUAGGGAAAAAGGUUUAAAAGAAAGUGAAUUAACUUCUUGAUCUGAUAUGUAGGUUUUGUGAUUCUUGAAUAACAGAGGUGAGGUUUGAAGGAGGAUUGGGUGAGGACUGAGGAGUUUUUAGUGACAUGGGGAGUAAUUAUCAUUUCAAGAACUUUGGUAAUGAGCCACCAGGUGAGGGUGGAAGUGCUGGUGGUGGGAAGCAGCUGGGGAAUUUUGGAUUGCCGCGGCAGCCAUCUAUCUAUUCGUUGACGUUUGAUGAGUUUCUGAGCUCAACAGGAGGGAGUGGUAAGGAUUUUGGGUCAAUGAACAUGGAUGAGUUGUUAAAGAACAUAUGGAAUGCUGAGGAGAAUCAAACAAUAGGAGGGCCUGGGAUUAAUGGGCAAGAGGUUGGUGUUCCAGGUGGGCAUUUACAGAGGCAAGGCUCUUUGACUUUACCUAGGACACUGAGUCAUAAGACUGUUGAUGAAGUUUGGAGAGAUAUGUCAAAGGAGCAUGGUGGUGGGAAGGAUGGAAAUAGUGCUGGAGUGCCACCAAAUAUUCCUCAGACUCAGGGGCAACAAACUUUAGGGGAGAUAACACUUGAGGAAUUCCUAGUUAGAGCUGGAGUUGUGAGAGAAGAUGCACAGUUUGCUGCGAAAUCGAAUAAUGCUGGAGGAAUCUUUGGUGAUUUGUCCUAUGCUGGGAAUAAUACAGGGCUUGCAUUUGGAUAUCAACAAGCUAAUAAUAGGAACACAGGUUUAAUGGCUGGUAGUAUCCCUAACAAGAAUGGUGAAACUGUUAUCCAGACUGCUAAUUUGCCACUGAAUGUGAAUGGGGUCAGAUCCACACAACAACAGCUAAGACCACAGCAACUGCAACAAAACCAUCAACCACAGCAACAGCAGCAACCGAUUUUCCCUAAGCAGCCUGCUUUGCCCUAUGUUGCUCCUAUGGCUAUCCCAAAUAGUGGGCAGUUGGGCAGUCCGGGAAUGAGGGUAGGGAUGGUUGGUAUCCCUGAUCCAGCACUCAACUCUAAUUUCAUUCAAGGCGCUUCUCUAAUGGGUGGAGGAAUGAAUAUGGUAGGUUUAGGAGCCAGUGGGGUUACUGUUGCAACAGCAUCUCCAGGUGUUUCAUCAUCAGAUGGACUUGGGAAGAGCAAUGGAGAUACACCUUCUGUAUCUCCAGUUCCUUAUGUGUUUAAUGGUGGUUUAAGAGGCAGGAAAUACAGUACUGUGGAGAAGGUUGUUGAAAGGAGGCAGAGGAGAAUGAUAAAAAAUAGAGAGUCAGCUGCUAGAUCAAGAGCUCGAAAGCAGGCCUAUACUAUGGAGCUAGAAGCAGAAGUCGCAAAACUAAAAGAAGAAAACGAUGAACUUCAAAAGAAACAGGAAGAAAUGUUGGAAAUGCAGAAGAAUCAGGUUAUGGAAAUGAUGAACCUUCAAAAGGGAGCUAAAAGGCGAUGCUUAAGACGAACACAAACUGGUCCAUGGUAAAAAAGGGUUUCAGAAAUUAGUGGUAUUAGCCCAUAUUUACAGACUUAUAGUAGGUGCCCUGUACAGAAAGGGAAUUAUGUAUUCACUGUAGAUCAGAAGAGAAGAGUUGUCUUUUUGCUGUAGGUUUUUCAUUGUGUUAAUUUCUUACUCUCCCUCGAUGGCAUCAUGCAUAAAAUAGAGCCAGAAUGUAGAAAUACCUAGUUGACAGCAGAUACACAUAAAAAUACGUAUAUUAAUGG